CUUGCAUCAACAAGAUUACUAUCUCCUCCAACGUCGUGGUAACACUUCCCAAGGAUAAACAGUACAAGCAGUACACACUCGACUCCUUGAAAACUCUCUUAAUCCUCGCGGCAGUGAGGGACCGACCACCUGGCACUCAUCAUCCCCUCUUCCUUUGGUAUCUACCUACUGUUAGUCUUGGGAGACCAAACCUAUCGCCAAAAAUAAUGACUUCCGAGAAAUCUGUACAGAUUCAGUCGUCUUCGUCGGUCGGCGGAGAAACAGCCACAGACAACACAGACUCGAGCCUCGGCGGUCGUCUGACUGGAACCCUACAAGGCGUCGUCAACAAGACCGUCGCCGUCGGUGGCAAUGUCAUGGAUAGAUACUUGCCGCCGCCUCAAAAACGAGAACGAUGGAAGACCCGAAUCAUCACCUUCGCCACGGAAAGGCCGUAUCUCGCCGGAUUUCUAGCUUCACAGGUCGCGUUGAGUGGUCUACCGUUGAUUCUUUUCAUCUGUAUCACGGUGUCGGUUUUUAUUUUUUCUGUACUGGCCGGGAUCUUAGUCGGGAUCAUCGGUGGACUUUUAUUCGUUGUACCGGUCAUUGGCUUUGCACUACUCGUGCUCAUACCCGUAAUGUUCUUCACGACUGCUGCGGCGGUGUGUAUUUGGUUCUGGGCUUUGGUUGCGUACACCAUCAUUGAUUAUUUCAAUCACCAAAAAGAAACAUCUUCCAAGGCCCAAAAUGGUGAAGAUGUCAAGAUGAAGAACAGUUCAUCAAAUGGCGCACCACCUCAGACAACAAAACAAGGGACAAAGGAUCUGUCUACUCUUGGUUCGGCGGCAGAAGCGGUCGGUCCAGAAGCACAACCAGAUUCAAGCUCCGACGGCGGGAACUCAAAGUCGGCGUCACACACCUAG